AUGCAGAUUAACCAGGUCCAAUUUGACAAAAUAAUGAAGUACAUCGAGCUGGGAAAGUCUGAAGGUGCCCGACUCAUCGCCGGGGGCCAUCGUGUGGGCCAGAAGGGCUACUUCGUGGCGCCCACCGUAUUUGCCGACGUUCGGGAUGAAAUGACCAUCGCCAGGGAGGAGAUCUUCGGUCCGGUCCAGGUGGUCAUUCGUUUCGACUCCAUGGAGGAGGUUAUAACUCGGGCCAACGACACUUUCUACGGUCUGGGUGCCGGCGUCUUCACUAAGGAUAUGGAUAAAGCAAUGCGAAUGUCAGAGGCCCUUCAAGCCGGUACUGUUUGGUAAGUCUUAUCUUUUUUCUCAUCCAAUUUAUUAUUUCGACGCACCCUUUAACUUACAGUGCGUUACCUAACUCAUGAAAUGUGUCGAAAUUUACGAAUGAUUGCCAAUCACUCAAAAACCGACACCAUUUCAUGUGUCUAAUGUCUAUGUUAAUUAAGUACAAGUUUAAAAGGAUUAAAAAAUGUAGUAAAUAUGAAAAUGCACAUGAAAUAACGUUUAAUGAUAGUGUUUCAGUGAAGUUUACAUCUAAAUAUCGUUUGAGAACUGGUGUAAUUUCAUACAUGGCGGUUUGUCAACUGCCUACAUUCUGAGUGUAGAUUUCAAAACAGUUUUCCAGGUAUUCGUGUUAUCUUUGACACUUUUCAAUUAAACAAGAUGGGGUCCAAUAAGAGAAACUGGAUUUUGCUUGAUUUCACCGAUGGGGACGUCGUAGGAACAAAAGUUUUAUAGGUUGACAUGCCAUGAGGCCAGUCGAUGCCUAAUAAAUGUAAAUAAAGCUGACAGGCGUGAUCGUAAACAUACCAUUUUGUGUUUAUAGUGAGAAUGUUUCUUCCGUUUAAUUAAUUUACACUUCUCGUUCGUUUUGGAUUACGUUGAGUUUCAGAUUGACCUCGAAAUAUUGCUGAAUACUUCACGAUUUUCAGUGUUUUCACCCAAUUAUCCAUAAAGACAGAUUCUGAAUUACCUGUCUGUUGAGAACUUUAAAAUAGGAUCGUUCUUAAAAGCAUUUACCGAAUUAGUAAGUGCUCAGGCGCUCCUUUUCACGAAGAUGGUCGUUUGGGUCACAUUUGAAGACUCAUUCAAACAUCAAACUUCAUUUUCGAGAAAAAUGGCUGUCCACAACGAAAGUCACCAACGAAUAUGCCUUGGAUCAAUAAGAAAACUGUCCUUAAUAAGUCACCUCUUUAAGAAAUGCUUUAUUACUGCACUCCGUUGACGGAUCUCUGUGUACUUUGCCUUUUUGCAGAGUGAUGCCAAGUAAAAAUUUUACACUUUUGGCCGUUUCUCUCACGUUCCUAAAAAUAGUUUUUUUUGUAUCGUAAACAUAAGAACAUGCCUUUCUCGAUACAUUAGGGCCACUUCCACUGCUUUUGCUCGUUUUUAGAUCCCGUUCUUCGAUUAUGAAUGCACGGCAGAGCGCCUAUAUAAAUACUGAUAUUUUACUGAAACUAUUAAUGUUUUGCUCGUUCUAUUUCUGAAUAAAGUAUGCGCGGAAGCUAAAAUACUAGAAAAGUAGUGUGUCAUUUGUUUAAAGCAGGAAAUGACCAUUUCGUGGUGGUCAUCUGUGACAUCAGGUAGAAUGUUCCAAGCGGCAAAACACUUUCAGCCGAUUUAAACGAAGGAAUCCCUAUCUGCGUUAUUACUGCGUUUAGGGCACCAAAUCGCAUAGAUCUGCUUAUUUUACUUUUGGGAACUGAUUAAGCCUCUGGUUUUCAUAAAAUAACCUUUGCGUCUGCAAGUUGAUUACGACGGUUAACGUCGGACAUAAAAGAAAUUUUCAAGUCCGGCUAAAUCUGUUUAUUAAAACUCUCGCAGGUAAAUUACCAUCCUUUCAAUGAAAAAGUCGCUCAGAUGCAUAACCGGAGUCAAGGACAUGUAUUAGCAUAGGUAAUUGCACGAGUAUAUUCCAACGUCCAUUUUCGCUAAAACUUAUUGGUGUUUUACUUGAUAUAAUUACGUAAACACAAUUUCUGCGCAAGAAAAAGACAUUUCAUUGAAGGAAGUCGAUGAGCGAACAAAAUGUGCAACGUUAAAGACGCCCAGAAAUUCUCGCAUCAGUUUCCGUUAUCAGAUUUCAUGAGAUAGGUCACGUACUGUAUUAUUAUCCUGCUACUGCCAAAUUAACAGGGUAAGGACGAUAUCGUCCCCGUAUGUACGCCACCCGCGGGGUUUUCGCAAUUCUUAAAAAGUGCGCACGAAACCGAUGCGACACCACCACCACCACCGUCACAAGGACCCGUGUGUGCCGGACAUCUACCCGGGUCCAUCCUGUUAUAUUUUGCGAAUGCUGGGCCGUACGCGUGAAAGAUGGACGAAAAAUGUUUUUUUUUGGCUCGAUAACCAUCUCUCGAGUGAAGUGCACUUACAGUAGGUGUGCUAACUCAUGAAAUGUUAACCGAAAUUCUGAAAUGCGUUUUCGACUCGAAAAUAUUGCCUAAGUAGGGUUGUGACAUUAUUCACUUUUCAGAAUAAUUCUGAGAUAUUUCAAUUACUGCAAGAUGCUGGCUUUUAAACUAACUUCUUUCUGGCCGCCUGCAAAACGUAUACUCUGUAAAAAUAACUACCUAGGUUGUCUGAUUCCCUCAUUCAUCUUCGAAUAUAUUUUAUGGAAAACAUGCAUAAAAUAUUCAUUCUCUCACUCGUUUGGUAGAACAUUACAUCUUCUUCAAAUUUUUUUACGUAAUGAAAUGUUAUAAUUCGGUUUUAACGAAGUUUCCAACUAUGAGAUUUUUUAAAAUCGUGAAAUUUCCCGUCCGUAAAACAUCGUGACGGAAAGUAAGUAGUUUGUAGAUUGGAAACCCUUAGUGCAAGUGUAACGGCAGGUCGGGUUCAAAAUUAUUUGGGAAUUGUAAACGUCUUUUAAAGCCGAGUUAUAAACUUACUUCAAGUAUAAAAUUUAAAGAAGACGUAAUUUUAUACCAAAUAAGUAAGAGAAUGAAUAUUUUCUACGUAUUUUAUAUAAACUAUAUUCGAAUUUUUAACGCGACCGAAGAUGAAUGAGAGAAAAUCACACUACUUAAGUGGCCAUUGCUUACAGAGUAUACGUUUUGCAGGCAGCCGGAAAGAAGUUCAUUCAAAAGCUGGCAUCUCGCAGUAAUUAAAAUAUCCUAGGAUUAUGCUGCAAGCCUACUUGAGUAAUCUUUUCGAGUCGAAAACGCACCUCAGAAUUUCGAGUAACAUUUUAUGCACUGUACUCAUUUCCGGAUAAAGGCAUUCUACGCCCGCUGCAACAACAUCGUGAGGAUAUCUCAGGCCAUCUAAGAAGGAUGGCCGAGGUUAUCAUAGGCAUUGUCCGACUAACGAGCUCAGCGUUGUGGGCCCCGAUUUGGCGCCGUUGUUCACCUAGAGGUCAACUCGAAAACUGGCCAGACACAGUUGGCCAGGAUACACAGAUGUGGUACUUGAACCUGCCUCCAGCAUCCGUUGCCGGGAAGAAAAAUGAGCCGAGCGUGGAGGGCUACGAUUCAUGUCAACAAAGCCGACCAGGUCAAGAAUGA